GGAGUCCCGGCAGUCCGCGAUUCCCUUCUCGCAGCCGCGGUGCGCUGCUGCCCGCCUCCCUGCAGACCCGAGUCGGGGCGUCCCUGGGGUCGCCGCGGCCCCCUCGGAAGCACCUCUCACCCUCAACUCGUGGAGCUUCCGCCGAGCGAAUGAAAUCUGUGCUCCCUCCCCACGCGCGAAGCCAUUUUCCCCCCAGGCCAGCUCCGGGGAGGGGCUGUUAGACCCUGGACCAGCGUUAGAAAGCCCCUAGUGCGAGGCGUUCGGCCUCCCCCGCCUUCCUGUCUUGUGCUGCCCCUUCCGCAGGUGAGCGGACCGAGGCCCAGAAAGGGCACGGCCAAGGUGAAACACCGGAAAGGCAAAAGCGCUUGGCUUCCUCAGUGGCCGUGUCAUGCCCGUUUUAGUGUCUGCUCCACACAGUGCUGCUUUAUUUGCCGUUGUGCUUUGAUCCCCUAAAUGGGCCUCAUGUUCCGGUGCAGUGCCAGCUGCUGUGAGGACAGCCAGGCCUCCAUGCAGCAGGUGCAUCAGUGCAUUGAACGCUGCCACGCGCCUCUGGCUCAAGCUCAGGCCUUGGUGACCAGUGAGUUGGAGAAGUUCCAGGACCGCCUGGCCCGAUGCACCAUGCAUUGCAAUGACAAAGCCAAAGAUUCAAUAGAUGCGGGAAGUAAAGAGCUUCAGGUGAAACGGCAGCUGGAGAGUUGUGUGACCAAGUGUGUGGAUGACCACAUGCACCUCAUCCCGACCAUGACCAAGAAGAUGAAGGAGUCUCUCUUGUCCAUUGGGAAAUAGAAGUCCUCGCAAUUGGCCAUCGAGGCUGACCAGCAGGAAUCUAUUUAAAAAGAAAUGGGAGUUUUGGUCUUUUAAGUGAAGUUUAUGAAGAAAUUAAGGAUGGCAGCAAGUGUGAGGCAUGUGUCACUUGCCUCUGGAUACUGGUUCCUUUAUGUUUCAACCCUAGAAAGUGAAAUGGAAAAAACUGGUGCUAAAAUUUGGGUUAGAGAUGGUCACAGGAAAGUUUUUGAUAGCCUAAAUUUCAUGUGCUUGUCCUGGCUCAAGGGAUUCCUUGUACCAAGCCAGAGCCCUCCAAGAUACCAGAUUGUUCUCAGUACACAGCUACCAGCAGGCUGGCAGGUUCCUCUAACCUGCCUAUGAUUUGGUGGUAUAAGCAGAGGUGUUUCUGUUUGUUGCCAACCUCCUGUUUACCAGAAGGAUCAUCAAAUCGUUUUCUAUAAGCUGUAAAACAAAAUCCACGAGGUUACUAAUUUAGAAGGGAAAAAAGAUUUCUGGGUCUUUGUUUUGCUUGGUUUUGUUUUAUAUACAAGGGCAUGAAGUUGAUUUAAGAUGUGGAGUUGGGAGAGUCAGAUAAGAACUUUGAACAGUUCUUGUGGAUAUCUGUUCCUGGCCAUCAAGAUGUGGAUAUACAUUUCUUGAAAUAUAUAUUAUAUCUUUCAGCUAGGAGACCCUGUUAAAACAUGACAAGCGAUGUUACACUGGGUAUGGGAAGCGGACUUUCCCUCUCACUGGCUGCCAUGAUGGGCCCUGAGGCUAUCUGCAGAAGAGCAACAAGACAAUCUCGGAAGUGACACUCUCCCUUGAAGGGAAAGGGGGUUUUUAUUGCACUAUAUACCAGUAUCCAGGAAUGAACAUUGAAGGAGGAACUGUUGUCUUCUUAAUUAUGAGAGUUAUUAAAUACUGGAUGUGGAAAAACCUGAUUUUUAUAGAACAGAAUGGAAUGAAGGCCUAAACUCAGUAUUGCUUAUUUUGCCCCCUGAAAUAACAGAGCCCUAUUGAGACAAUCCCUUGGCAACAGGAAGGUCAAUGGAGAAAAAGUAGGCAAUCAGGGGUGAGCUGUGAUUCCUUUAAAGGAAAAGAGGGGCAACCCCCUAUUACCAAAUACCACUUUUGCCUGGGGCCUUUGCAGCAAGCAGUGUUCCUGCCCCAGCUCUAGCACCUUUUCAUUUUGAUAAGGACCUUACUGUCUUUUUACCAGCUUAUUACUUGAAAUGAUAAUAUAGCCUGUGUUUGGUGUUUCAAGGCUGUGAUAUAUUUUCCUAGUGGUUCAGUUUUAAAAAAUAAAGGUUUAGUUUUUCCUCCA